AUGUAAAUUCGAUUCCACUAUAUCGUCUUGUUUAUUCAUUUGCGCCUUGACAAUUGUCAGUUGUCAGUCAUGCUGUCAGUCGAUCACGGAGAGAGAGACAGAGAGAGAGAGAAAGAGAGAUCGCAUCGCUCCGCGACUGUGCACGAGAUACGCGAGGAAGGAGGAAGGAGGAAGGAGGAAGGAGUGCCUGCCAGAGAUCCAGUUCGAUUUAUCAGUGCGACUCCGCCUCGCGAUCGUUCGCUCGCUUUUUCAGUUCGUUCUCUCGAACUACUCACGCUUCACGCAACGUGUCUACCGUCUACCAUCGGUUUGCGUCAUCAUUAACGAUUGUGUCGAGCGCUCCUCUGCCAUCACUACUACCAUCACCACCACGUCCUCCGGAAGUCCGCGUUGUACACGAUCUUCCGCAGUCGAUGUGCAUACGUCACGUCGGCAGCGGAUCGUCUCGUCGUCGUCUUGACUAAGCGCUGCACUUUCCCAUUAGUCCGCAUCGGUCUUCUCGCGCUCUAGCAAGCGCGCCCAUUCAACCUUGACUGGCGGAUCUGAACAAAGAUCGCCAACAUGUUUAGCUGGCUAAAUCGCGAAGAGAAUAACAAGCAAGAUCUCUUCGAAAAUGUUACUGAAGGUCUUAAGAGGAUAUAUAAAUCUAAGUUAUUACCACUGGAACAGUAUUACCAAUUCCAUGACUUUCAUUCACCACAAUUGGAUGAUCCAGAUUUUGAUGCAAAACCCAUGAUUCUCUUAGUCGGGCAAUAUUCAACUGGCAAAACUACAUUCAUUAAAUAUUUAUUGGAGAGAGAGUUUCCUGGUAUUAGGAUUGGACCAGAGCCUACUACUGAUCGAUUUAUAGCAGUCAUGUACGAUGAAAAGGAGGGUGUUAUUCCUGGCAAUGCCUUAGUUGUAGAUCCAAACAAACAAUUUAGACCACUUUCAAAAUUCGGCAAUGCAUUCUUGAAUAGAUUUCAAUGUUCGACUGUAGCUUCACCUGUUUUAAAAGGCAUAUCUAUAGUGGACACACCUGGUAUAUUGUCUGGUGAAAAACAACGAGUUGACAGAGGAUAUGACUUUACUGGUGUUUUAGAAUGGUUUGCUGAACGUGUAGAUAGAAUUAUAUUGUUAUUUGAUGCUCACAAACUUGAUAUAUCAGAUGAGUUUCGUAGAUCUAUUGAGGCCUUACGUGGGCAUGAUGAUAAGAUUAGAAUUGUUCUUAACAAAGCUGAUAUGAUAGAUCAUCAACAACUCAUGAGGGUAUAUGGUGCAUUAAUGUGGUCUUUGGGAAAAGUUUUACAAACUCCAGAAGUAGCUAGAGUUUAUAUAGGCUCAUUUUGGGAUCAACCAUUAAGAUAUGAUGUUAAUAGAAGGUUAUUUGAAGAUGAAGAACAAGAUUUGUUCAGAGACAUGCAAUCACUUCCAAAAAAUGCUGCAUUACGAAAACUUAAUGAUUUAAUCAAACGAGCACGCUUGGCAAAGGUGCAUGCAUAUAUAAUAAGCGCCUUACGAAAAGAUAUGCCGAGCAUGUUUGGCAAAGAUACCAAAAAGAAAGAACUGAUAAAAAAUUUGGGUCAAAUUUAUGAUCAAAUACAAAGAGAACAACAGAUUUCACCUGGUGAUUUUCCAGAUCUAAAGAAAAUGCAAGAAUGUUUAGCACAUCAUGAUUUUAGCAAAUUUAAUCCCAUUAAACCUAAAUUAUUAGAAGUAGUAGAUAAAAUGCUCGCUGAAGACAUUGCAAAGCUUAUGGCUAUGAUACCGCACGAAGAAGUCACCACAGUUUCGGAACCACUUAUUAAAGGAGGUGCAUUUGAGGGUGUAGAAGAUCAAGUUAGUCCAUUUGGAUACAAAAGAGGAGAAGGAAUUGAUGCAGGAGCAGGUGAACCAGAAUGGAUUGUCAAUAAGGAAAGAUAUAAAUAUGAUAGUAUCUUCGAAUCACUUGGACCACAAGAUGGAAAGAUUACAGGAGCGGCGGCUAAAUCGGAAAUGGUCAAGUCCAAAUUGCCGAACAGCGUGCUUGGAAAGAUCUGGAAACUCUCAGACAUUAAUAAAGAUGGGUUCUUAGAUUCUGACGAAUUUGCCUUAGCUAUGCAUCUAAUUAAUGUAAAACUCGAAGGUUAUGAUCUCCCGGCUGAGCUGCCAGACCAUCUAAUACCACCAUCGAAACGCGAUACAUAAUAUAUUCUUGUACCGUAAUUUAUUACAUUUUAAAAAUGGCAUGCGCGCAUGCGGUUUCUUGAAGACUCUAGAAACCACAGAUAUUAAAAUGAUUUGUCAAGCGUGCGCUGAUUGAUGCCAUUGGUUCACAGGUUUGAGAACUAUAAAAUUAUACUUUUAUUACCAGCUGUAUCAUAUUAUGUGUAUACUAUAUUAUUCUAAUAAUAUCAAGGCCGGGGAACAUAUACAGCUUGCAAUUUUAAGAGAAAUCUGUGCAAGAUUGACUAGUGUGAAAUAUAUAUACGGUAUGUUUCAAAUAAUAUAUUUCCGAAAUAUAUAUAAAUGGAGAUAAAAACUAUACACAUAGUAUGCCAUGCUUACUGGCAUAUUAGUAUAUAAACAACUUAGAAUAUUUGCUUUUAUUUAAGAUAUUAAGUUGUUACAAUUGAAACUUUGGCCUUGGAAUUGUAUUUGUACUUUAUAAUUUCGUAAUUACAUGUCCUAAAUUGGAGAACGUCAUUCGAUCAAUGAAUCUUAGAGAGCAUUUGGUUAUACUACAACAAAUAACUUUUUUCUUUUUUU